GGGAAGUGGAGUGUGCGGGCUGUCAGCAGGCGGGGCGCCCCCACCGCGCCCCGCCUCCCUCCCUCGAGGCUCACUCGCGCCCAGCGCGCUGGCUCCUAGCGGCCGCCGGGCCGAGCCGCCCAGCCCCUGCCGGCCGCGCCGGGACCGACAGAUAAAGGAGCUGAGAGUCAGGUGGGGGCGGAAUGGUGCUCAAUGAUUCCAAAGCAUCUUUGAUCUGCCAGACCGAGGGGCCUUUGCUGCUGGCCAUUCUUGGACCAUUCCAGAGAGGACAGCCGGUGUCUUUGGAGUGAAAAAACAGGAUGCCCCCUGGGGUUGACUGCCCCAUGGAAUUCUGGACCAAGGAGGAGAAUCAGAGUGUGGCAGUUGACUUCCUGCUGCCCACGGGGGUCUAUCUGAACUUCCCUGUGUCCCGGAAUGCCAACCUCAGCACCAUCAAGAAGGUGUUGUGGCACCGCGCCCAGUAUGAGCCACUCUUCCACAUGCUCAGCGACCCUGAGGCCUACGUGUUCACCUGCGUCAACCAGACCGCGGAGCAGCAGGAGCUGGAGGACGAGCAGCGGCGACUGUGUGACAUCCAGCCCUUCCUGCCGGUGCUGCGCCUGGUGGCCCGAGAGGGUGACAGGGUGAAGAAGCUUGUCAACUCACAGAUCAGCCUCCUCAUCGGCAAAGGCCUCCACGAGUUCGACUCCUUGCGGGACCCCGAGGUGAAUGACUUUCGCACCAAGAUGCGCCAGUUCUGCGAGGAGGCGGCCGCCCGCCGGCAGCAGCUGGGCUGGGAGGCCUGGCUGCAGUACAGCUUCCCCCUGCAGCUGGAGCCCUCGGCCCGGAGCUGGGGGGCCGGCACCCUGCGGGUCCCCAACCGGGCCCUCCUCGUCAACGUCAAGUUUGAGGGCAGCGAGGAGAGCUUCACCUUCCAGGUGUCCAGCAAGGAUGUGCCCCUGGCACUGAUGGCCUGUGCCCUCCGGAAGAAGGCCACGGUGUUCCGGCAGCCGCUGCUGGAGCGGCCUGAGGACUACACCCUGCAGGUGAACGGAAAGCACGAGUACCUCUACGGCAGCUACCCCCUCUGCCAGUUCCAGUACAUCUGCAGCUGCUUGCACAGCGGGCUGACCCCCCACCUGACCAUGGUGCACUCUUCUUCCAUCCUCGCCAUGCGGGAUGAGCAGAGCAACCCUGCCCCCCAAGUCCAAAAACCACGCACCAAACCGCCUCCCAUUCCCAUGAAGAAGCCUUCUUCCUUGUCCCUGUGGUCCCUGGAGCAGCCUUUCUGCGUGGAGCUGAUCCAGGGUAGCAAAGUGAAUGCGGAUGAGCGGAUGAAGCUGGUGGUGCAGGCCGGGCUCUUCCAUGGCAACGAGACGCUGUGCAAGACGGUGUCCAGCUCGGAGGUGAGCGUGUGCUCAGAGCCCGUGUGGAAGCAGCGGCUAGAGUUUGACAUCAACGUCUGCGACCUGCCUCGCAUGGCUCGUCUCUGCUUUGCACUUUACGCCGUGAUCGAGAAGGCCAAGAAGGCUCGGUCCACCAAGAAGAAGUCCAAGAAGGCGGACUGCCCCAUCGCCUGGGCCAACCUCAUGCUGUUUGACUACAAGGACCAGCUCAAGACCGGUGAAUGCUGCCUGUACAUGUGGCCGUCCGCACCAGACGAGAAGGGGGAGCUGCUGAACCCCGCGGGAACAGUGCGGAGUAACCCCAACACGGAGAGCGCUGCUGCCCUAGUCAUCUGCCUCCCUGAGGUGUCCGCCUACCCUGUGUACUACCCAGCCCUGGACAAGAUUCUGGAGCUGGGGCGGCACGGGGAGCACGGGCGCUUCAGCGAGGAGGAGCAGCUGCAGCUGCGGGAAAUCCUGGAGCGGCGGGGGUCCGGGGAGCUGUACGAGCACGAGAAAGACCUGGUGUGGAAGAUGCGGCACGAGGUCCAGGAGCGCUUCCCGGAGGCGCUGGCCCGCCUGCUGCUGGUCACCAAGUGGAACAAGCACGAGGAUGUGGCCCAGAUGCUCUACCUGCUGUGCUCCUGGCCGGACCUGCCCGUCCUGAGCGCCCUGGAGCUGCUGGACUUCAGCUUCCCCGACCGCCACGUGGGCUCCUUCGCCAUCAAGUCUCUGCGGAAACUGACGGACGAUGAGCUUUUCCAGUACCUGCUGCAGCUGGUGCAGGUCCUCAAGUACGAGUCCUACCUGGACUGCGAGCUGACCAAGUUCCUGCUGGACCGGGCCCUGUCCAACCGCAAGAUCGGCCACUUCCUUUUCUGGCACCUCCGCUCCGAGAUGCACGUGCCCUCCGUGGCGCUGCGCUUCGGCCUCAUCAUGGAAGCCUACUGCAGGGGCAGCACCCACCACAUGAAGGUGCUGAUGAGGCAGGGCGAGGCGCUGAGCAAACUGAAGGCCCUGAACGACUUUGUCAAGGUGAGCUCCCAGAAGACCACCCGGCCCCAGACCAAGGAGCUGAUGCACCUGUGCAUGCGCCAGGAGACCUACCUGGAGGCCCUCUCCAACCUGCAGUCCCCGCUGGACCCCAGCACCCUGCUGGCCGAAGUCUGCGUGGAACAGUGCACCUUCAUGGAUUCCAAGAUGAAGCCCCUGUGGGUCAUAUACAGCAACGAGGAGGCGGGCAGUGACAGCAGUGUGGGCAUCAUCUUUAAGAACGGGGACGACCUCCGCCAGGACAUGCUGACUCUGCAGAUGAUCCAGCUCAUGGACGUUCUGUGGAAGCAGGAGGGAUUGGACCUGAGGAUGACCCCCUAUGGCUGCCUCUCCACGGGGGACCGCACAGGCCUCAUCGAGGUGGUGCUUCACUCAGACACCAUCGCCAACAUCCAGCUGAACAAAAGCAACAUGGCAGCCACGGCUGCCUUCAACAAGGAUGCCCUGCUCAACUGGCUCAAGUCCAAGAACCCUGGGGAAGCCUUGGAUCGAGCCAUUGAGGAGUUUACCCUCUCCUGCGCGGGUUACUGUGUGGCCACUUACGUGUUGGGCAUCGGUGAUCGGCACAGUGACAACAUCAUGAUCCGCGAGAAUGGGCAGCUGUUCCACAUUGAUUUUGGCCACUUUCUGGGGAAUUUCAAGACCAAGUUUGGAAUCAACCGUGAGCGCGUCCCAUUCAUCCUCACGUACGACUUUGUGCACGUGAUCCAGCAGGGGAAAACGAAUAACAGUGAGAAAUUUGAAAGGUUCCGUGGCUACUGUGAGCGAGCCUAUACCAUCCUGCGGCGCCACGGGCCUCUGUUCCUUCACCUCUUCGCCCUGAUGCGGGCCGCCGGCCUGCCUGAGCUCAGCUGCUCCAAAGACAUCCAGUAUCUCAAGGACUCUCUGGCCUUGGGAAAGACAGAGGAGGAGGCUCUAAAGCACUUUCGAGUGAAGUUCAACGAAGCCCUCCGGGAGAGCUGGAAGACCAAAGUGAACUGGCUGGCCCACAACGUGUCCAAAGACAACAGGCAGUAGUAGCAAGCUUCUGGAGGCCCCUGGGCCUGGAGGGAGCAGACUGCCGGCCUGGGGAACCAGGCACCCUCAGGCAUCCUCUGGGGCCCCGAGAGCCUGAACCGCACCCUACGGGAAGGAACCUACAUGAUUGCCUUUUGUUUACACUGGUUAUUUAUUUAUGACUUGAAACAUUUCAGGAACUCGACAGCCAUAAACGGAAAUGCAUCCUUCGUGCAGGGGAGGGGCGUCCUCAGCCAGAGCCCCCGGGCUUUGGUGAGAAGACAGAGUCGGGCACUUCAGAGGCCGCACCUCACUAAGGACUGUAACCCCGAGUCUUCCAGCUGGUGAAUCGGGACCCGGCAGAGACUGCUCUCCCCUCCGGGAAGCCUGCCUUCCUCCCAGGCUCCCGCCGGGCUGCCCGGGGCUUGGCCCCUGGCAGUUACCUGGUGCCCACUUCUCCGUUCACCCCCUCCACCUUCGUGCUCUCCACGGGCUGAGCGCGGGGCAGCUCCCAGAGGAAGUCUGGGUACCCUCUAGAAUCAGGGAUGCUUGCUUUCCACUUUUAAAGUGACUCUUGGGUACGGGAAACCCUCUCCUCUGCUGUAAAGCGGUUUUGUUUGCGGGUAAGGAAAAAAAAAAAACAAAAAAACACCCCAACUACUUACGGACCCUCUGUGGCUCAGAACAGCCUCCGCCCCCAUAAAGUAUAAUAUAUGCUGGUCCUCAAGACAUUAAAAAGAUCUGAGCUUGAUUUA